AUGAGUUUGACAUUUGAAGAAAUUAAGAGAGAUGCAAAGUCGAUUAUUUCAAUUGAUGAUAAAAAAAAUUACAAACUAAUAAUACCAUUAAUAAAUAACUUAACUAUCGAUGAGAAUGAUCUCAGUUCAGAUGAAUUUUGGGACGAGAAUGAACAGAGGCUAAGAUUCAUUGUCGUUUCUUUGUUUCAGGUUUUUAAGCAACUUUUUUCUCGAGAGGAUAUGACUAUAAGGUCUGCUAAGACUGACGAAACAAAACAAUUAAGAACUUGGUGUAGAAAGUUGUUCGAGAACUUCAAAGAUAAACUACUAGUUAUUUUAUCAAGUAUCCCGUUUGAAACUUCGAUAGCAUUAGACUCGUUAGAUGUUUACAUGCAAUGUAUAGAGUUGGAAGCAAUUUAUUUCUCCUCAAACGUUGAUGAUCCAUACUUCCCAACAAAAACAUAUCAAAAACUGCUAGUGGCUCUUUGGGAUUCCGACUUUGGUGAUGAAGAACUCAAAAAUGGUCAAUCUCAAAAUGCGACUUUGGUAGAAUUUAAAGAUAAUUAUUAUCAAAAAUUUGCUGAUGUUCAGUUCUACUUCAAUUCUGAAUUCAAUAAAUUAUUAACCGAUUCUAAUGAAGAUGAAAGAUAUACAAGUUCCAAUAGUAUUGGUAAAUGGUUGACCGUUGUUAACCAUGACGUUCAUUGUGAUUUACCUAAUAACGAUGAUCUAGAAGUUUAUGUCGCGAAUCCACCCAAACUUGUUGAAGAUGUCUCCAAAUUCAAAAGUAAUUUUGAAAAAAAUUGGUUAUAUAUAUUGAAUGGGUUCCUAUCUGUUGAUCAAUAUAAGACAAUUUUAUUAAUUUUACACAAAAGAAUAAUUCCACAUUUUCACACCCCAACAAAAUUGAUGGAUUUUUUAACUGACUCCUAUAAUGUGAAUUUUGGUAAGAAAGAAGCCAAUUCAGGUAUUAUUCCAAUCUUAUCAUUAAAUGGUUUAUUUGAAUUGAUGAGACGUUUCAAUUUAGAAUAUCCAAACUUCUAUUCCAAAUUAUAUCAAUGUUUGACUCCAGAUUUAAUGCAUGUCAAAUAUAGAUCUAGAUUUUUCAGGAUGUUAGAAUUAUUUUUAUCAUCUACUCAUAUAUCAAGUCAUUUAGUUGCAUCAUUCAUUAAGAAAUUGGCCAGAUUAACAUUGCAAGCUCCUCCAUCGGCAAUUGUUACAGUCAUUCCAUUUACCUAUAACUUACUUAAAAAACACCCUACAUGUAUGAUCAUGUUACAUAAUCCAGCAUUUAUAGACGAUCCAUUUGGUUCGGAUGAACAGAAAGCUGAAUUGAAGAGAUUGAAAUUAGCGUACAAUGAUCCAUACGAUCCUGAAGAAACAAACCCAGAAUUGACAAAUGCCAUUGGUUCUUCCUUAUGGGAAUUAUUGACAUUAGUUGAUCACUAUCAUACAAAUGUAGCAAGUUUAGCAAAAAUUUUCGCUCAACCAUUUAGAAAAUUAAAUUAUAAUAUGGAGGACUUCUUAGAUUGGGGUUACGACUCUUUACUAAAGGCAGAAGUUGAUAGAAAGUUAAAAGUUUCACCAUCAUUAGAAUAUGAUACUUUUGAUGACAUAUUUGCUAAUGAUACUUCAAGAACAGAGAAAGGCGACGUUCUUGGCUCUGACUCUAUUUUUAUAGAAGGUGUCGAUUGGUAG